AUGGCAACAAAGAUGAAACAGAAAUAUGAUAAAUAUUGGGGAGAUGUAGAUAAGAUGAACAAGCUUUUGUAUAUUGCUGCUGUGUUAGAUCCAAGGCUAAAGUUACAGUUUAUUGGUUUCACACUCAAGUGGAUGUAUGAUGAUGAGAAAGCAAUUUUUGAUUUGACAAAAGACGUUGAGCUUGCUACUUAUGAGUUAUAUGCUCAUUAUGAGAAUCAAAUGGAAGUAGGUGGUGAUUCCUCCUCUCAAACAGAAGUAGAUGAUAAUGGUGGGAAUGUGGAUUUAGUUGCCGAGUAUAUGAAACAAAUGCAAAAGGAAAGAGGUGUAGUGAACAAUACCGAGUUGGAUAGGUAUUAUGAAUUUCAGAGUUGA